AUGCCCUUCAAUCGGCAGGUAGAGGAUCUAGAAUCCUCACAUUUUGCCCUAAUCUAUAUCGAUCAAAACGGAAACCUCCGUCAUGAGGUUUCCCAAUCUCUUAUGGAUAGUCGCGAUACUAUCUUCACCCCACGGGUCAAAGAUGAAUUCUUCAGGGCUAUUACCCAGUCAACAGGGCUUGUGCCGCUAAUUCCCUUAUCCUGGCGGUGGUUUCUAAUUCGAAAGUGUGCAGGCGAUCCCGUCGCUUCGGCGCAGAUAUCAACACAGACGCCGUCUCGUCAGACUGUCAUUGAUCACGUCUUUUGCCUUGCACAGAUAGGCUAUGACCAUCACGUCACAAACAGUAGAAGCACUAGAGGUCAUGUGCAGGAUUCUAUGAUCCCUAGGCCUCCUAUCCAACCAGAACAAAGGCCACAACACCAAAAUAAGCCGUACAGCAGGCGGACGAGAAUAAGCAGCAAUCAAGAAGCCUUUAUUUCCAUCACAGACAAGGGCUUUUUGCAUCGGUACUAUGAGAAAAUAUGGGAAAACUUUCAACAGACAAAUUGUCGCGUCCUAGCAAAAGCUUACGUCAAGCUGAUUGAGCCUCGCAAGCAGGUAACUUACCCGUACAAUGGGCGGAAGGUUAUUGCUGGGAAGACCCAUCAAUUAGACCCCAAUGAGACCAAGCCACCGUGGUGGCCGACUGGGGUGAGCCACCGAGAGCCAGAUCAUCUCCCUAAGGCCGAACGCAUCCGACUUCUUGUUUACAUCCUAUGCGAAAUGCGCACUAGCUAUGGAAUUACCGCCCAUAAGCUGAAAGCAGCAGAACAGCAUAUCCGCAAGCAAAUACUCCCCAUAGAGCGCUUGAGGCUAUUAGACGAAGUCUAUCGGGUUAGAGAGGCAGAGGAGAAGUUCCAGGACGGGUUUAUAGGUAAUAUUCCUCCUGCAAGUAAAUAUGAUGAUAUCAUGGACUCAUGCUAG